CCCAUUUAUUCUCAGCUUUGCCUUUCAUUUCGUCGCCUUCCUUUUACGAGAUUCUCUAAUCUGACUCCUCUCUUGCUUUUAUUAUAGCUUUGUAUCUCUAAUUGAUUAGUUCUCUUCAAACCCAUCAUACAAAACCCUCUACAGAACCACCCAUGGCGCUUGGCUCAGGAGGAUCGAGUGUCGUGGUGCCUCGGAACUUCAGAUUGUUAGAGGAACUUGAGCGUGGGGAAAAAGGUAUUGGUGAUGGUACUGUUAGCUAUGGAAUGGAUGACGGAGAUGACAUUUACAUGCGCUCUUGGACUGGCACCAUUAUUGGUCCUCAUAAUACUGUACAUGAAGGUCGAAUUUAUCAGCUGAAGCUGUUCUGCGAUAAAGAUUAUCCUGAGAAGCCGCCAAGUGUUCGUUUCCAUUCAAGGAUCAACAUGACUUGUGUUAACCAUGAAACCGGAGUGGUGGAACCAAAGAAGUUUGGACUUCUUGCAAAUUGGCAGAGGGAGUAUACCAUGGAGGAUAUACUGACGCAGCUGAAAAAGGAGAUGACAGCCCCACAUAACCGAAAGCUGGUCCAACCUUUGGAGGGCACCUACUUCUAGCUCUCAAGAUUUUAGAUGUCCUGGAUCCAAUUGCAUUUCUGGUACGCAGUAUAUAGUUUGUAAUGCUUGUUGAUCUAAAGAAAAUACUGGGGAAUGCCUCUAAAAGCUUCUCCAAUUACCUUUUCUUGGGUUCAUCUUCAUUAUCCUUUCUUAUCAAACUUUGUUGAGGGGAUGCUGUAUGAUUAAUGGGACUUUAUCCGUGUGUCAAAUAUAAAAAAUGCCCUUUUGAUUAU